GCAUCAGCAACGUAACUGGCUGGAAUUAUCGCCCAUCCCAGAAGCAUAAUUUACUCGGGCAAAAUAUUUAUACAGAGGCGGACCGAAAUCACUUACAACAAGUCCAUUCACGAAACCGAGUGGAAGCAACCCACAUUAAAGACUCUGUAGACUUCUUAUCAGUCGCAGUACUUUUAAGGAACGCCGCUGGUUCAAACAUCUGUAAAGAAGUAUUCAGCAGCAUCAUGAACUUUUUGGCUGUAUUACAUUGUGUGAUACUUAUUUCAGUUUGUGAAAUACUUGGAGAUCAUCGAACGAACGCUGGCAUGUGCUGGCUGCAGCAGGGUCCGGAGCACCGCUGUGACAUGGUGCUCAUGAGGGGCGUGAGCAGGGAAGAGUGCUGUGCGGCCAGCCGUCUGGACACUGCCUGGUCCAACACCAGUCUGCCAAUCAAUGAAGUCAGUCUGCUGGGAUUCCUGGGAAUAGUUUCCUGUAAGCCGUGCAAAGAGAACUGUGAGGGGGUCAACUGCGGCCCUGGAAAGGUGUGCAGGAUGAAGUCUGGACGUCCCCAGUGUGUGUGCUCUCCAGACUGUUCCAACAUCUCCACUAAACACGCUGUGUGUGGGAGCGAUGGAAGCUCAUACAAAGACGAGUGCGCGCUCCUGAUGGCUCGCUGCAGAGGUCACCCUGACCUGGAGAUUAUGUAUCAGGGGGAAUGCAAAAAGUCCUGCUCCAAUGUUGUAUGUCCUGGGACGCAUACCUGCGUGACGGACCAGACCAACAGCGCCCACUGCGUCAUGUGCCGCACUGCGCCCUGCCCAAUGCCCAUGGUCACUGAGCAAAUCAUCUGUGGCAACGAUAACAUUACCUACACCAGUGCCUGCCAUCUGCGUAGGGCUACCUGCUUUUUGGGUCGAUCCAUAGGGGUCCGCCAUUAUGGACACUGCAGAAGUAAUGAAGGAAGUGAGGAAAAUUCACUCUUCUGAGGAAGAGACAAGAGCAGAUCCGCUCCCUGUACAUAUUAUGAUGGCACGUAAGACGUGAGAGAACCUGUUUGAAACCAUAUAGUCUCACAACAUGGCCCUCUGUACCAAAGAACCACUACUAGUAUUUUAUAUAGGGCUGGGUAUCGAGUUUGAUACUUUUUAGGCACCGACCAAAUUGCCUCGAUACCAUCGAGUAUCAAAAAAUGUCUUGUUGUUCGGCACCAAAUUUCGAUACCUAAGGGGUUAAUCUCAUCAAUGUCAGUGAGCCAAUAAGCAUGCAGCAUGCUUGAUGUGCCUAAAUUAGUGAUUGGCUCUGGCGAGGCAUCAAGGAAAACACAUGUUACAUGACCAUUCACGCACACUGUAGCAUCAUGCUACAUAAAAUGUAUACUAUGCUUUUACUCAAAACUCGCUUUAAACCACCAUCGAGUGUUUGUAAUAACCUCCGAUUGCGAUCUAAUGAGGGUUUUGGUCAUAUAAUGUUGCAGAAAUAUGUUAUUUAUAGCCAUUUAUAUCGGGCUAAUCGCUACAUCUGCUUAGCAUUUCUCAUGUAAACACCCGUUAUUGUAUGAAAAGUGGCAGAAUCUCAUUAAAAUAACAUACAAAUCAUAUACUGUCAUAAUCACAUGUUUAUUAGCUUCAUGUUUCAUCCCUGUAAAUGUUUUUUUUGGAAGUGUAACACACAUUCGUCAUAGGAGACAGGGCGGGUUAUAAACGCAUAAUAUGACUGACAUGUGAGCAGUGAAUGAGCUUCCUCUGAGUCAGAACAGCGAUCGCGGCAGAGAAAACACAGGCAGACAGCGCUAGAA